AAGAUGUGUUUUGAUCAGGCGGCUCCGCGGACACCUCUGUGUACGAUAAUUACCCAGCAUGCCUCUGGGCCGUCCUUUCCCUCCUCCAUCUUUUCCGCACUGACGGUGAACUGAUCAGGAGAAGACUCACGAUGCCUGGAAGACUAUGGAGUAAGGCCAUCUUCACCGGCUACAAGCGCGGCCUGAGGAACCAGCGUGAGCACACGGCGCUGCUGAAGCUCGAGGGCUGUUACUGCAGAGACGAGGUCGACUUCUACCUCGGGAAACGCUGCGCAUACGUGUACAAGGCCAAGAAGAACACGGUGACUCCCGGGGGGAAGCCCAACAAGACCAGAGUGAUCUGGGGGAAGGUGACUCGGGCUCAUGGGAACAGUGGGAUGGUCCGAGCCAAGUUCAGCAGCAACCUGCCGGCCAAGGCCAUCGGACACCGGAUCAGAGUGAUGCUGUAUCCCUCUCGGGUGUGACGAGGAGACGUCGCAUGAUGAUGAUGUCGUCACUUGUUUGUACAGAAACAAUAAAAUGAUCCAAACGAUUGGA